CCAUUAUCUCCGCCUACGUUGCUUGUACUGUAUGUCGUGUGCCCAUAUCAUUCAAACCUUCUCUCCCUCAACAAUUUGUUUGCUCUCAUCACCAGCGCCUACCUGGCCAUUCUCCUCCCCUUGCUUGCUACAAUUCCUUCCUUUCAGUCUGUCCGCGCGGCUUGAACUGUACUGUCGCUGUCUCCUCACCCUUCCUACUUGCGACCUUCAUCAGAAAUCGAAGAGGACGCCGACUUGCCUACAUAAUACAGUAACCUCCUCUUCCCACCUUCCGGGUGCGCUACGGCUCGAUGGCGACUCCAGCAGCACAAAAACGCCUGACAAGAGAGUUUCAAAUACUCCAGAAGAGCCCUGUCCCUCUGAUAACAGCGCAUCCAUCCGAAUCCAACAUUCUCGAAUGGCACUGCUUGCUGACCGGUGCCCCGGACACGCCCUACCAUAAUGGACAGUAUUGGUGUACGCUCAUAUUCCCACCUAACUAUCCAUUUGCACCCCCAGCAAUUCGAAUGCAUACUCCCAGUGGACGUUUCCAGACAAACACACGACUGUGUCUAAGUAUCAGUGACUAUCAUCCUAAAUCGUUCAACCCUGCUUGGUCGGUAUCAACCAUCUUGCUCGGCCUCAUGUCGUUCAUGAACAGCGAGGAGAUGACUGCUGGAAGCGUUGGAGGAACCGAAGCAGAGCGAAAAUGGCACGCUGCGAGAUCGAGGUGGUUCAAUUCUACAGGAGGUGGUACAGCUUCAAAACCAGUGGCCGGUGUGCAAAUUUCAACGAAAGGCCUCGGAGGUAUCAAGGCUGGAGAUGGUGGUCGAAAGUUCAAGGCCGAGUUUCCUGAAGAACACACGGAGAACUGCGAGUGGAUGACUGAACACCGCAUCGACCCAGCUACAGGCAAGAUAUUGCCAGAUCCUGAGGGCGAACCCAUCCAUUGCUCCCCAGAAACCCAAGCAAUUCGACGGAUACUGGGGGGUAGUGGUGGCGGAGUGGGAGCUGUAGUACACGGGGGUCAAGCGGCGAGAAACGCAGGUCAAGGAUGGAUCUGGAGGAAUAAGUACUGGAUCAUGGCAGGUUUUUUCCUAGUCUACGUUAUGGCAGGAAGAGUGUUCGGCGAAGAUGAUUGAUGGUUGAGAGUUUUGGCGUAGCAUUCAUUGGGCGUUUUUGUUUGCAGAUCCUACGUUCAAGCGAUGGUUUCACUGGGACGACUAAGGCAGGGCUGGUUGGUGGUUGCUAGAAAGGCGACCAGGGUGUGGAACACUGACUCUACUUGGAACACCCCCGGGCGCCAGGGUAUCUUGGUGGUUUACUCCGUAGACUGGGUGGUCAUGGUCAUGUCGUUCAUGCACAUGUAUUUUGAGAAUCUGCAAAUCAUACAAUACGAUGAUGGAUAUGAUAGUCUGUCAAGUUUGAAAA